AUGUGCGGUUGUGCGGAAGUUUCUGGCGCAGUGUGUUUUGCUGAGGUUCCACAGCUGCGCCCGGAGACACGCAGAUCGCGGACAGAGCCGUCAAAGGCCGUCGAGGCAGUACUCAGUGACCUCAACGAGGAUGUUGGCAGGGCCCCGGUGGUAAGCGUGGACACGAAGAAGAGCCAAUGCUCUUCACGUGCAUCGCUCCAUCGUUCCGGCAGCGAGGAGAUGUGUCGGGUGAGAGGUCGAAGAGGCAAGUUGAGUCUUCACCCCAGCGAUGGGCUUCUCUCUGUUGGAGUGCAGGUGCCUGAAAUGCCAGUAGACGUGUACGACCGAGUGUGA